AUGUGGCGAGAUGAGCCGUACCAUGCCAACGUGGUGGAGAUGAGCCCUAUCAGCACUGACGUCAUCUCUGUGAGUUCAGUUUGCCUUGACCUUUGACAUUUGAUGCCCUGACCCCCAGAUGAACUAUGGCUUGUAGAUAUAAAGAAAUUAGCAAGGGUAUUAUGUGGUGAGCGGACUGCAGAAGACAGACAGACCGCUGCCUUGUCCAUAGCAAUUAAAUUGAAAGUACGAUUCUUUGACCACUUUACACUUUUUUUGUGGAUAGGAUUUUUCCUGUGCUCCUUCAUCUAAACUGAAAGUGAAUUGGAACCUUAAAUGCAUUUAAAUUCUUCUCCCUUUGAUUGGAUAUGACUGCGGGUAUUUUGGUGGAAAUAAAUCGACUGUGCUGUACAAUGUGUAGCCAGAGGAAACAUACUAAAUGGAUUACAGUUAAGGGAUAAAGAAGAUACUUCUACAGGUAGUGCAGAGUCUGCUGAUCGACAAAUAAAUAAUGGAUUGCAGCAUAUAUAGACCUAACCUACUGUGCUCGGACAGAAAGACGACAAAUCAACUGCGAGACAUACAGUACAUGAGGUUUAAAAUAAACGCACGUUUGGGGGCGAGUGACAUUUCUACAGGUAGUACAUUUGGGUAACGGAAAGACUUGAUUGCAGUGAGCAUAUGUAUACCUAACCCACUGUGCUCUGACAAUAAGUGGAAAUAUACAAUAAGUGUCCAACAGUGCAAAUCAACUCCGGGACAUAUAUGAAGUUGAGAAUAAUACAUUCUGGGGGAGUGGUGGAACGUAAUCAGGUGAACAGCUAGACCAUCCCAGGCCACCAGACCAAACUUCUAUUAGUGGGCAAUACACUCUACAACUACUGUAAGUCACAGUGUAGGUCGUAUCAAGUAAACAUUUUGACAUUAUUAUCCCUCCCUCCCUCAUUGUCCUGCUGGUGUCUUUGGCAACGUGUUAUCGCUGAUGAACACCUGAUUGUCAAUUAAUUAACAAUGUGCCGGUGAGUGUAAUUAAGGGAGUCCGAUCGCUAAUUAAAAUGCAGCCUGCAGUCAAAUGCAUUGCAAAUUAUCCUGCUGCUGGGCUGGUGGGGAAGAGAGAAAAGUAAUCACUGUGGAAUGAGAGAUGGAGAGAAAAAGUGGUGGUUGGGACUAAAAUGUUUGUCUUUCUGCUUUUUCCUCUCUUCACUCCCUCCAUCAUGGUGGAACUGGAGAAAAUGGAGAGGAGAGGAAGAGAAAGAUAAUAAAUGUAUCUAUCUUUAAUUUGAGCACUUUAGCCAUCAUUGUGGUACAAGAGGGAUGGAGAGAUAAAGAGGAGAGGAGAGAACGAGUGGUGGUGUUGGAACAUUGAAUUGUGUUUGUCUUUCUCCCUCUCCCACUCUUCACUUCCUCCAUAUGUACUUUAAUAUGAACACUUUUCCCUUGCGUUGGAUGCACUUUUCCUUAGCGUUGGAUUUCCCUUACAUUGGAUCCACACACACACACACACACACACACACACACACACACACACACACACACACACACACACAGUGACACAGUCAUUCAUCAAUGGAGAUGGUGCUCUGAGGGUACUCACCCUCGCCCCCCUUGCCCCUUUCUGACCAAAGCUCAAUAAGGCCAGGCAGGCGACCACCUCUCCUGUGCCAUACAGUCCCAUAAUUGGGUUGUUGUGUGCCCAUGCCCUCUGUGUGUUACCAUGGCGACGGGGAGCCACCUGCAGAGCCCAGUGAGCCGAUGAAUUCGGUCGCAGUGCCCUGGGCAAAGGCUAGAGCCUUACAACACACACACACACAGUCAGACAGUUUAUGUUCUCUCCUAAGACCUAGAUUGAUUAAUUUAAACGGACUGUGGGGCUACCUAUGAAUAAGUUUCCCCUCUUAAAUCUCCUUCCACUACCCCCUCUUUCUUUUUCUCUCUCUUUUUCUCUCUCUUUAUCUCUCUCCCCUCUUUCUAAUUUCUUUCAUAAUCAAUGUAGGGUAAUCAAAACCAGUUUCCAGCGUUUUCUUUGUCAGUGCGGUAAUAAUUGAUCAGCUCUUUAAAAAUCAUGCCGUGUUUUUAGCUGGCCCUCUCGGCCCAGUGUAUUUAAAUCACCUAUCACGUUAGAUGUUAGGUUGGGAGAGAGAUGUUUUUAUCUCUCUCCCACCUGACUGUUGUUGUGCGGUGGGGGUGAAGUGAUGUAAAGUGCCAGAUUUUUCCCCCACUAUUCCUUUUUUCUCUCAUCAUUCCUCCUCUCUCCCCUCACUCCUCCAUUUUCUCCUCUCUUUCCUAUCUUCCUAUCUUUCCUCACUCCUCCCCCCAACCCCCUCCUCUCCUCUCCUCCACUCACCCCCCCCCCCCACUCCCUCCUCCCCCCAUUUUCCCUUCCCCCCUUAUUCCCCCCUUAUCCCUCCUUCCCCCCCAUACAUCCCUCCAGGUGCUAGCGAUAGACCCAGACGUUGGGGACAAUGGGACAGUGGUGUACAGCAUCAGCCCAGAGAACCCCUUCUACACCAUCAACAGCAGCACGGGGAAGAUCAGGACCAGCGGGGCCGUGCUGGACAGAGAGAGGUCCAACCCAAAAGACAUCCUGCUCAUGAGGACCAUCAUCGUGUCUGCUGUCGAUCGUGAGUCCCACACCAGGCCAGAACUCUGUUUGUUGGUUUGUUGGUCGGUUUGUUGUUCUGUGUGUCUGGCUGGCUAGCUGUUUAUCUGGGACGAUACUUCUGUCUCUGUGUGCCUGUGUCUGUGUGUGUGUGUCUGUGUCUGUGUGUGUGUCUGUCUGUGUCUGUGUGUGUGUCUGUCUGUGUCUGUGUGUGUGUCUGUGUGUGUGUGUCUGUCUGUGUCUGUGUGUGUGUAUGUCUGUGUCUGUGUCUGUGUCUGUGUGUGUGUGUGUGUACGUGCGUGCGUGCGUGUGUCCGACUGUCUGGGGCUGAUGAGUCUUUCAGUCUGUUAGCCUAUAAUGUAUCUGUAUCUAAAUUACAGUGUGCGUUCAUAUGUGAGUCUCUGCAAUAACACUGUUUCUACAAGACCUUCCUGCUACUGUCCCAAAAAGCCACUUCUCGUUUGGAAAACGGCCUAUGUGGCAUCGAUAUGAGUCAGAAACAUUUAUUCUAAUGUCAAAAUUGACUACAAAGUUUAAAUAGGAUAAUGUUUGUUAUAACGUCAGUCUCGUCCAAAACGGAGAUUUGCGAGAUGAUAUGAAAAAAUGCUAUGUCACGGAAUGAAGGGUACCGUAACAGUUUUUCUUGGGUUGGGUUUAUUUAAAUCCUGCCCAAUUGCCCGCAGCUGGCAGCACCCAAGUAAUCAUCAAUUCGGAGCGCAGCUGCAUGCAACCCAAUCGUAAUGCCCAUGGUCAAUUUGGUUGACAUUCGAUAUCCCUAUGAGGCUAGUUAGGGACCAUCAGUAAAUUACAAAAUAUUUUAAAAUGUCAAUGGCUCCAAAUUUAUGUGACUUAAGUUGGCUAACACUAGCUAGCCUAGGCGACUUCAAGACACAAGACCUGGUUAGACUGUUUCUAGUUGUCUAGAAGUGACUGUAACUGUGUACUGUUUUGGCAGUGUGAAUAUACAAACACUUGCCACGUGCGAACACAAACACAAGCGACAGCCACGUUAAACCACCCCCCCAAGACAACUCUCGUUUGGCUGCAUUUCUUAAUGAACUAAAUAGGAGGCCAAAUCAGGAAGUUUAACCCCCCUGUAAUAUUGAUGGUAAAACUUUUAUUGGAGUUUUGUGCUCCUGUAAAUUCUGUGUUUGUUCCUCUGGCGCCCACUCCAGUUGGCAGACCUCCACUGCGUUCCUCAGUCAGCACCACGGUGUACAUCAACUUGCUGGACCUUAAUGACAAUGACCCCACCUUCCUUAACCUGCCCUUUGUGGCCGAGGUGCCAGAGGGCCUGCCUAGUGGAUCCUCUGUGUUCAAGGUCAGUACACCAUUACAAUAUGUCAUUAGAGUUAGUUGCGUGUGUAAUUGUAACAGAUUCAUCAGAUGGAAGUGUGAAGGCAAAUUGAACAUCUUCUUUGUUUCUGUAUUCCCCUGUCUGUCAUGUCCUCCUCUCACUUCUAUUCUCCCCACCACUUCCAUCUCUCUCUCCCUCUCUGUCCCCUCUGUCUCUAAUCCCCACAUCUCAUCUUACUCCUCCCCUCUCCCCUCUCCCCUCUCCCCUCUCACCUUUCCUCUCCUCUCCUCUCCUUUUCUCUUGUCUCCUCUCCUCUCCUUCCCUUCUCGCAUCCUUUCCUCUGUUCCUCCUCCUCUCCUCUCUCCCAUCCUCCUCUCUCCCGUCCUCCUCUCUCUCUCUCUCUCUCCCUCUCUCCCUCUCUCCCUAUCUCCCUCUCCUCUCUCUCAAUCCCUCUCUCCUCUCCUCCCUCAGAUCCAGGUGGAGGACCCUGAUGAGCAGGAGAAUGGUAGGGUUACCAUGGGGCUACUGGUGGGCAUGCCACGCCUUGACUUCUAUCUCAACACCACCACGGGCGUGCUGUACUCAACGGCAACUCUGGACCGCGAGCAGAUAAGCCUGUACCACCUGAGGAUCGUGGCGUACGACCAAGGGCAGAACCCACGCACCUCCACCAGCACCCUUACCAUCACAGGUAUGCAAGCAUCAGGGCAUGUAUUCACAAAGUGUCUCAGAGUAGGUGUGCUGAUCUAGGAUCAGUUUUGCCUUUCAGAUCAUAAUGACUAAGACAGGGGGGACCUGAUCCUAAAUCACCACUCCUACUUUGAGACGCUUUGUGAAUACAGGUCAUGGCUGGUCCAACAUACAAACUUUACACCAUAUAAAGACUGAUUCAAGACAGUAAUUUGCUAAGUAUAAUAGCACUACCUGCUGGUCAGAAGCAGAUAUUUUAGAAGCGCUGAGAGAUUAAUGACAAUCUGUUAAAUGUGUUGCUCGUCUUGUCUGCCUAUUGAGCAUGAUGAAAGUUAUUUUAAGAGACAAUGUGUCUCUCUUUGUCUCUCUUUGUCUGUAUGUCUGCUUGCCUGCCUGUCUCUCUGUGUCCCUCAGUCCUAGAUGCCAACGACGAGACCCCCACCUUCUUCCCCAAGAUAUACAACGUGUCCCUGCAGGAGAGCGUCCCCAGGGACCAUGUGGUUGCUCGCCUCAACUGCUCUGACAACGACGCCGGCCUCAACGCCGAGCUCAGCUACUUCAUCACAGGUCAGAGGUCAAACUAAGGCUAUGGCAGCCUGUGUGUGUCUGUGUGUUUGUGAGCGUGUGUGUGUGUGUGUGUGGUUGGGAAAGACGUGUGUUUGUCUAGAGUGGUUGGGCAAGAUGUAGAGUUGUAUUAUGUGAAUGUGCUACUACUUGUUUAUGUGUGUACACUAGUGUAUGUGUGUGUGUGUAUGCAUACUUGCGUUCAUUCGUGUGUAUAAGUGAAUAGCCGAGAUAUACAUGUAAUAUUCCACCAUCUGUGUGUUGUCUUCUGCAGGUGGUAACCAGGAUGGUAAAUUCAGUGUUGGCUUCAGAGAUGGUGUGGUCCGGACUGUGGUUGGCCUGGACAGAGAGACACAGGCUACAUACUCACUGGUCAUAGAGGCUAUUGGUAAGUCCUAGCCCUAUCAGAGUAAUUUUCAUCUUUCUUUUUACUCUGUGUAUCCAAUUUGGGCUUGUUUUAAUGUACAUGUUUUCUACGAUUUCAAAUAUCAAAUUGGUUCAAAGCUACAACCCUUUUGUACAUCUGUGAGAUUGAGGAGCGAGAAGUGAUGGAUGCAAGUCUUGUUGCGCAACGGUCUCUGUUCCUUUUCAUCAUCUUACCAAAGAGAGACCAAGAAGGCCUGUGUCGUGACAUGACUUACUUUAAUGUAUGACUGUUAUUUAUCGACUCACCUACACUACCGUUCAAAAGUUUGGGGUCACUUAAAAUGUCCUUGUUUUCAAAAUAACAUGAAAUUGUCCAUUAAAAUAACAUCAAAUUGAUCAGAAAUACAUUCUAGACAUUGUUAAUGUUGUAAAUGGCUAUUGUAGCUGGAAACUGCAGAUUUUUAAUGGAAUAUCUACAUAGGCGUACAGAGGCCCAUUAUCAGCAACUAUCAGUCCUGUGUUCCAAUGGCACGUUGUGUUUGCUAAUCCAAGUUUAUCAUUUGAAAAGGCUAAUUGGUCAUUAGAAAACCCUUUUGCAAUUAUGUUAGCACAGCUGAAAACUGUUGUGCUGAUUAAAGAAGCAAUAAAACUGGCCUUCUUGAGACUAGUUGAGUAUCUGGAGCAUCAGCAAUUGUGGGUUCGAUUACAGGCUCAAAAUGUCCAGAAACAAAUAACUUUCUUCUGAAACUCGUCAGUCUAUUCUUGUUCUGAGAAAUGAAGCUAUUCCAUGCAAGAAAUUGCCAAGAAACUGAAGAUCUCGUACAACACUGUGUACUACUCCCUUCACAGAACAGCGCAAACUGUCUCUAACCAGAAUAGAAAGAGGAGUGGGAGGCCCCGGUGCACAACUGAGCAAGAGGACAAAUACAUUAGAGUGUCGAGUUUGAGAAACAGACGCUUCACAGGUCCUCAACUGGCAGCUUCAUUAAAUAGUACCCACAAAACACCAGUCUCAACGUCAACAGUGAAGAGGCGACUCCGGGAUGCUGACCUUCUAGGCAGAGUUGUAAAGAAAAAGCCAUAUCUCAGACUGCUCAUCUUAAUCUUUUCUUUUAAUUGGCCAGUCUGAACGGUAGUGUAACUAUGUUUAAUUGUCACUCGAUUAAAUGGAUAAUGUAACAAUUAACUCAUUAGGAAUUUGGGGCACCACGGAAUAAGUUGUUUAACGAGUUACCAUCUCCGAAUUAAACUCUUAGAAGAUAUAUAUGUUAUAUAUCGAUAACAGUCACUUAUCAAAUAUUUGCCUCUCAUCAGUCUCAUUCUUAACAUCGCAUAAUCCUUGAACCUGCAAGAACCCUAACCUUAUUGAUGAAUCAGCAAUACACACAUUUUCUUAAUUAUUUAUUUACUAACUAACUAAAUAAUAACACAAUACAAACACACACAUAGGUUAUUGAUUACUAAAGUAAUACAAUGAAAACAGGUCCCUAGUGGACUGGACUAACAUUAGCGUGAAUGUUUGGGUAGAAGGAGGGUCAGAGUGGAAGGGAGAAAGAGAUUCAAACUAUCGUGGUUACUUUGGAAACUACGCUCAUUCGGAUUAGAAAUGCAACAUGUAUUUACGUGUAGCUGUCCUCGAUAGUAGUUGAGUUGAUGAUGUAGGACUCUGGUUUGCCCACCAGAGAUCCCAAUGUCCUUGGUAGAGCUUCUGGUCGUAGUGGUGAUUAGAAUGGAUACUUCAGAUGUACCAGCGGUUGUCUGAGAGGGAUUAUUCUUCCCACCUCGUGUCUUUAGUGAAAGUUCUCUCGACGACUAUACAUGCCAACUGCAGACUGAAAUGAUAAGGUCUAGUGCAUUGUCUUCUUCUUCACCUCGUGUAGAGGUUGAGAGUUUCAGAGUUUCUCCAUUUCAAACGUGUGGACUAACGUCUCACGUUUUCUGGUCUUUUUGGUCUAACCAUUUUGUAACUUGCAGCUUCAGCUUCAUGCUUCUUGGUCUUGUAGAAAUUCAACCAUUUGCAAUGUUUAGCUCACGCUUCACGUCUGCUGGUCUUGUAGACUGUCAACCAUUUUAAGCCGUGGGCUUCCUGGUCUGAGUUGAAUUCAACCAUUUGCAACGUUUAGCUCACGCUUCACGUCUGCUGGUCUAAGGUGAAUUUUGUCAUGAGGCUUUUUAUGCACUCGGGGUAAAAGGGGCAUUCCAUCAUGUUUGUGCUCAUCUGGGCGUGUCCUCUGUCCUCUGGUCCUAUGUAGCUCAGUUGGUAGAGCAUGGCGCUUGUAACGCCAGGGUAGUGGGUUCGAUCCCCGGGACCACCCAUACGUAAAAAUGUAUGCACACAUGACUGUAAGUCGCUUUGGAUAAAAGCGUCUGCUAAAUGGCGUAUUAUUAUCUAGAAUGCUAAAAUCACAUUGUUAUAGUCACAAAAGUAUUAUUAUACUUAAUCAUUCGUUUUAUACAACAAUUAGAUGCAAACCUCAAAACUGGGAAGUGUAGCCCCCCAGAGAUACAGUUAUGUUGUUCCACCGUCUUUAAUGACAUCACUACAUAGUAAAGAAUUUGACAUGAUUGUUCUUUAAGUCCCCACCAACCAUUUCCCACAUUCUUUUAAGUAGGAAUAUUGUUUCAUUAUCCACUUUUGGAUGUUGGAGUCUUGGCGGGAAGACUUCCUUUGUUAACAAAGGGGUCCUUUCUCCCAAUACUUCAUGGCAAGGAAGAGAAAGUCUGCACGGUAUUUACGACCGGUCAUAAAACUGGCCCCCAGGAAAGGGGGUGUUCAAACCUUUGCCUAGCCGGCAUGUUUGAUCCUCAACCCAUGAGGGCAAGUCGUGACACCUACAUCCCAAAUGCCACCCUAUUCCCUAUGUAGUGCACUACUUUUGACCAGGGCCCAUAGAGCUCUGGUGAGAAGAAGGAUUGAGAGAAGAAGAGGGUACUCAUGUCACUACCUCAGAAGUAAUUGAACAUGGCUGAACUUUGAGUAUCCCACUGUUAUGUUCUAAAAAAUGGGGUUUACAAAGACUCAGACUGUGUUAAUUUUUGGUUUCUAUUGUAUGGUUUUAAUGAUUAAGGUUUAAUUUAUUGAAACUAAAGAAAAUAAGUGAUAAACAAUAAUACAGAUAUAAACAAAUGAAUAAAAAAUGGUGUGCAGGUGUGGUUGGAAGCCCAAGGACUUAUAUAAAAACCACACCACAAAAAAACAAUAUACAAUACGUAAGUACAAAAAUAAAAAAGGUUUCUUAAAACAGAUAACAAAACUCACUAAUCAUAAAUGUACAAAUUAACUGAUCAGCAUUAACAAAAAAUUAUAAACUGUAUAUGUUUUGUUGAAAUGUGUGUGUGCAUGUGUGCAUGUGUGGAUGUGAGUGUGUGAGAGUUGGGCUAUAUGGAGGAAAUUACUGAGUAGUUUGGUUCAUCAGGCUGAACCUCAGUCUUCACUUGAAGUUAUUGAGGGAUGAUGAGGUUUUGGCAAUGUGAAUAUAAGAAUUCCAGAGUAUGGUACCUCUGUAUCUGAUAGAGAAUUGACUAUGUGAGGUGAGGCAGUGGGGAGGAUGAAGGUUAUCGCAGUGUCUUAUAUAGAUGGAUUUCAGAAUUAACCUGGAAGAAUCCAUUGAAGGGUUUAGGUAAACUGUCUGGGAGGUAUGAGUAUUUGUAGAUGAAAAUGCAUAAUUGGCAUACAUUGAUGUCGUAAAUAGACAAGAUAUUGACUCUUAAACAAAGGUGCAGAUGGAGCCAGGUAAUUAGAGGAGGUGGCUAGCCUUGCAAAUGUAUUUUGUAUGAUGAGUAAUUUGUGUAGGUAGGAGGCAUAUGUACUGGCCCAGUCAAUUUUACAGUAAAUGAGAGAUGGGUCAAUUAAGCUAUAGUAAAGAGUUAGGAAGCAAGCCUGAUGAACCAAACCACUAAUCUUUCUGAUGAUACCAACAGAUUUCAUCACUUUGCUGCAGACAAAUUGAAUAUGAUCUUUCCAGGAUAACUUUUCAUCAAUUAGAACUCCAAGGAAUCUAGUGGAUGUUACUUGUUCCAUUUCAUUCGCACCAAUUGAUUGGAUUAUACAGUUGGUUUUACUCUCAAAGAUUUCAAAGAUCUUGACUUACUUAAAGGAAAGUUAUACUCAAAAACUAUAUUUUGGUAUUUGUUUCAUUAGUUCACUGUUGAUACAGUCCCAAAGUGUUUUGCAUGUCAGCAAUCAAGUUUUAUAGAACUUUCAAAAUACAGAAAGUGUCACAGUAUGAUGUGUUUCUUUUAUUUUUAUUCAUCCAAUGAAUGCACUGAUUGUAAAUCCCUAAAUGACUCAAAUCCCUCAGACAAUGGUCCAGCAGGCAGCAGGAGGACAGGCACAGCCACAGUGUUUGUUGAAGUACUGGAC